AGUUCCAUACGGUGUUUUACUCACCGAAAUAUUCUUCUCAUGUGUGCUCACAACACGCGUAUCAGUUUGUCUCAUUCACUCGUAUGUCACACUGACUAGCGCUAAGGAAUAACAGUAAAAGAGUUAAAACGAAACAGAAUCAGUUGACGUUAGCCCAUAAUACAAAUUUAUUAUCCUUUUUUGCCUGUCAGACAGAAACCAAUAACAAAUGUUGUGUAAACUUACAAAUCGUUCAGAAAUCACUUUUCAUUGCUAAACAAAUGCACACACAGUGUGUGACCGUAUAGAUAGAUAGUGUGAAUUGAAUCAGUGCUAUUGUUUUGAGUUUAUUUUUGAUACACGAUACAACUCUCUCUCUAGAGCGAGUAAAAGAAACAAAGAGUAAUGCAUCACUAUUUUGAGAAUGUUAUACAGUUGUUGACGAUUGUGUAUAUUUUAUGCAAUCAAAUCAUUGGUUUGAAUUCAAAAUCGUCAAUUUUGUGGAAAUUAAAUGAUAAAAGUGGAAAAAUUGUUAGCUACAGCGAUAGUCAUCAACACUUGGCCAAGGAAAUACGUGAGAUUUAUGAGAACGAUGCCAUUUUCUCAAUAAUCGCAUCGGCCAGUGGAAUGAAAAGCACUGAUAAUUGGGAGAAAGAUGUCGACAGAACAUGUACAGCCGAUUAUUUAUAUACACACAGAGCAUACAAUGCUUAUCAGCCGAUGCAUAAUGCGAGUCAAAAGCGAUCCGUAUCCGAAAUUAACUUAGACUGCGGCCGUCCCGUUAGUUUUUCAUUCUAUGAUGAUCUGAUUGGAAUAUCGCUGCGAUACAGUCAUCCGUUAGUUCCAGAUGCAGAGGCGGCGUCUGUAUUUUUAAAAUCCAAAGAUCAUCGAAAUAUGAAAACAUUUGACGUUGACACGCUGGAGAAGCGAUUGAAGAAAGCAAAACGUGACAAACCAUGGAACACAAAACUAUUCCAUCAGAUCGGCAAUUUCUGGCGAAUCAAGGGGAAUGCUGGCAAAUCGAUUGAUUGCUUUCGAAGUGCACUGAUUAUGGAUCCGUCGAAUGCAGAUGUGCUGCAUGAUUUAGCGAGAGUUUUGUUCUCACUACAAUAUUUAGACGACGCAAUAUUUUUAGUUAGACGAUCGCUAGAAGCCCAAGCGAUUAAUCGAAAUGCGUGGCGUUCAUUUUUCACACUGGGUGAAAUCUAUCGCUCAUAUGGACUGUUCCAGCAAUCGAUUCUCUAUUUUAAACAAGCGCUCGAGUUGAAUCCAGACCAUGAACCAAUCAUGCAGGCGAUUCGAGAUAUGGAAAAAACCACUCCAUCUUACAUUCAGUUCUACACAAUCGCUAUCAUUUGUCUGCUGGUGAUAAGCGUACUGGGCAUCAUCGUGACGACAAAUGAGUUUUCGUGCACACCCGAACCGGUCGAUUUAAAAACGUCGCAACGACAUUUUAACCGUACCAUGACCAUUAAAUCUCUGAAAGGCUUCGUGCCGCGCUCAAAAUCGCGUAAAGCCUAAUUAUUAUACUAUCAAUUUUCUUUGACGAAUCUCUGCAAAUUUAUUUGUGAUAAUAGUCAUACUUAUGCUCUGCCUUUUGUUUGUAAGCAGUUUGCCUGAUACUUUGACUCAUCCAUGACGAAAGACUAAAAUACUAAGUGAAAAAAAAAGAAAACAAUGAAAUCUUGAAGGAACAAAACCGAUUUAAUAUUUCCCCAUGGAAUUCUUAAUGCAGUUCUAAAUUUAAGUUUAACUCAACGUAAUAAUACCAAUACGGUUCUUGUGCCUCUAAUGCUCUGCAUCCCAAGGUUGAUUUUUUUUUUUAAAACAUUAAGCGAAAUAUUGUUGAGUAACUCUGACAUGUCAAUUUCAAACAUAUAGUCAAUAGAAUUACGACGAAAAUUAUGCUCAUUAAAUUGGCCAACUCGAAUUGGCGUAUGUUUAUGUGUACGUAUAAGCGGUGCGUGUACGUAUGUGUGGUUGCUGUUUUUUUGUUAAAACAAUUCCCAAGAGAAUAACACAAAUGAAAGCACCGAAUCAACAAGGCAAAAUAUGUUUGUGCAUUGUUUAAUAUGUCAUUUUUAGAAACGAACUUUUUUCUAGGGUUUUUCCACGCGAACACAUAAUUAUGUGAUUGUCUUUUUUUUUUGGUAUGUACUAUGUCGUACAGACAUACAAACUACACAUUGCUAUGUACUACUCAAAAUGAAAUGAGAAUAAACCAGGAAAAUUUCGUUUUUUUUUUCUA